AUGAAAUCCCUACUGGUAGGACUAAUGAUCUUCCUUUUUGAAAAAGUCUUCAUUUUUGCAAACAUACAGAAGUUUAGCCUGGCAAAAAGGAAAUGUAAGAAAAGGUCUUCUUCUGAUAUUGGCACACUGAAAAGAGGUGACUUAUUACAAGUCUCCAGGACCCUAUUUGUUCACUUUGGAAUUUAUUUGGGAAAUAACAAGGUUGCCCAUUUGAUGCCAGACAUCCUCCCUGCUCUUUCAGACGACAAGUGUCUGACUGAGAAAGUUGUAACCAACAAAAGGCUGAUCCUUGGUGUUCUGGCUAAGGUGGCCAGUAUCAGAGUGGACACAGUGCAGGACUUUGCCUAUGGUGGAAGUAUAGUAGUGAAUCAGAUGGACAGCAGCUUUAAUUCAAAGCCCCUUCCUAAUGAAGAAGUGGCCCAGAGGGCUGAGAAACUGGUGGGGGCCACAUCAUACAGCCUGCUGUGGGAUAACUGUGAGCACUUUGUCACUUACUGCAGAUAUGGCUGUCCCGUGAGCUUCCAGACCGACAAGUUCUGCGAGACUGUGAAGAAGAUAAUUCGAGACCAAAGAAGUGUUUUAACUGCUGCUGCUCUUGGAAUGGGAUUGACGCUUUGUUUGGGUGCAGGGCCUUCCACCAUGCUUCCCAGUUUACUGCUUACGUUUACCCUCUGGAUGGCAAGCUGAGAAGGACAAUAUAGGGGAGACAUACAAUAUUAUAGUGCUACUGUAGCUGUUCUUCAUGCAACUUGCACAGAAAUGUGGCAGCCUGGAAAUGAGAACCCUCAUCAGCCAUCUGAAAGCAUUUGUGUGAUAUAAUCUUUAUACUGUCUAUUCUACAAUAAGCAUGAGAAUGAAUUGUACAGCUUAUAACUGUGCUAUUCUAUGUGUUCUAUAGUAGAUGAGCAUUCAGGCUCGUUAUAACAGAGACAAUAUGUAAAACGAAUGCACAAUUUAAAUGUAGUAGUUUAAUAUAGUAGCAGGCAACAACACAUAAGAAUUAUAUCACACCACAUUCUAAAAUUUGAAACCAUUAAAUUGCUCCAUUAAUAUUUUAGGACACAAUAGGGAGAAUAAGCCCAUGAUAAACCAUUCACCCUUAUGUUAUCAGGUUUUCGCUGCAGAGAAGUGUGCUAACAGCACAUACAGUACAGUAGUUGGAUCAAGCCCUCAGUAUAUAAUAAACAAAAUACUGUCACCAUUAUAAAAACAUUAAUAUAUUGUUUAGUACCUGCCAUAAUAAUUAAUUUAGGGGUUUUCUUUGUGGUAUCAGUCUUCCUGGAUGACAAACAUAUAGGGGUCUAUUUUCUAAACCUUGGAGAGAGAUAAGGUGGAGAGAGAUAAACUACCAUCUCCUGUCAUUUUUCAAACACAGCCUGUAACAUGGCAGAUAAGAGCUGAGUGCCUAUUACUUUAUCUCUUUCCAAGGCUUAGUACAUAGACCCCAAAGGGGCUUAUAUAGAGUUGGAAGUAAAACAUGGGUACACACACCGCUUAAAGGAAGUGUGCAUGGAACACAUGCAUAUAUGCCAGUGGUUCUCAAACUGUGUACCUUGUCACCCUGGGGUGCCUCGAGGCACUUGCAGGGGUGCCUCGGGUUGGUGGUCCAGGACCACUUCAAAUUAUUUAUGGUCAAUGUAAUAGGCAAAAGUGCUGGUGGCUGCCAAUCAUAAAAUAUGUGCACAAACAGAAGUGAAUCCUGUCCCUCACCACAUAAUUAAACCUAAUGAUGACAUAUAAAUCCAAUUUACUUCAUUUUAGAUAUUUUUUUUCUGAAUUGCUCAAUAACUUUUGGCCUAGGGGUGCCGUGAAAAAAAUAGUGAUACUGUAGGGCGCCAUGACUCAAAAAAGUUUGGGAACCACUGAUAUAUGCAGAGCUGUUUGCAUUUGGAGAUGUGACUUGCUUUGAGUGUGUAGCAUAUGUGCCUGGUUUGCUACAAGUUAUUAUUAUCAUCAUCAUCAUCAUCAUCAAUGUAUCCUAUAUUAAGUGCAAAAUAUUAGAUGCCUUUCCCAAAGCAUGCACAUUGCGAAUUUGCACGAGACAUACUAAGCAAAAACGUUUACUCCUGCAACAUCCCUUUAACGUGUUUUGCAUCUUAAAUUUGACUACUAAUUUAAAUAAUUACAUAAAAUUAGACAUGUUAACAUUUCAACACAUAGGGGGUUAUACUGCAUAGUAGGUUCCGAGAUUAUGGAACAGCCAUGAUUUUGGCGAGUUUGCAGUUAAAUUUAAAGCAGCAUUCAGUUAUAAUUCAAAACAGGCUUCUGAUAUAAUCCUCAUUGUUUUCCUAACUAUCAGAAGUCUGCCUCAGUCUGUCUUAUAAUUUAGCCAAUCAGAGCAGAAUGUUAGAACACUCACAGCUAAGGAAGCACCAUUCCUGAGAUAGGACCACUGUUCCAGUGCAAGCAUUGAUUUAUUAUGCCAUAGAAUCAAUUACAACUAUAGUACCAGGUGGGCAAAUACACGCGUUGGAUUUCUAAACUAUAGAAUUGGUUAAGGCGCUACUCAUUUUGCUUAUAAUGUUAGCUGUUUAGGCUGCAGGUUAAUUUUCCUCAUUUUGUACUGGCAAAAUUAGGCUUUUCUGUGUGCACAUACCCCAGACGCAGAGCUGCAGUCUCAAUGACUAAAGGUGGUUACAUACUAUCUAAUUCUCUGGCUGAACAGACAAUAAUUAGCUGCUCGGCCCAAUAAUUGUAUGCAAGAGCCUUAGCCAAUAUACAGCUUCAAAGGCUCCAGCAGCAGUCAAAUCGUGAGGCCAGGAUAGCGAGUGCUGCACAUGCUUCAUUCCCGACCUCCUGAUCCCAUUGAAGACUUCAAAAGAAAGUACACACUGAGCACAAAAAUCCUCAGUGUGUAUGGGUGCACAACGAUCAGAUAGUCACUAUGUCAGAACUUAGGGUUUAUCAGAUCGCCAUCAAUUAUCUUACAGUGUGUACCCAGUUUAAGUGGCACAUAAAUAUUUCAAUCCAUCUGAUUUUCAAAGACAAUACAUAAAUACAUAGGCAUGAGCAGGAGCCAGAAACAGGGAAUGCCGCAACGGGACCUCCCCCUCCACCGGGUCAUGGACUAUCCCAACCUCCCUCUCAGGGACAUAGAGUACUCACCUGGGUGGCUCAGAUAAAUAGCCAAUAUUCCAGAAUGGGGGGUAGAGGGAAUAGUCCAUGCCUGGUAGAGGUGCAGGUCCCGUAUAAAUAUCACAUUUCUAGUUGCUCCAGAUCCACUAAGUGACUGAGAAGCCUAUGUACUAAGCCUUAGAGAGAGAUAAAGUUGAGAGAGAUAAGGUACCAACAUGUCAGUUAGGCGCUGAUUGGCUGGUACUUUAUCUCUCUCCACUUUAUUUCCCUCCAAGACCUAGUACAUAGGCCCCUGAAUGCCAAUCAGCAUGUGGUUGAUCUACAUCCUCCUUCACAUUUUCAGGUUGGCUAUUGACCUAACGUGUUUUGCUAGAAGGGCAUCAUUGGUUGCCAUCCUAGCAAAAUCAAGUCUGAUGGACACAUAAUACUGUUCAGUUAAUUUGGUACAAAAAAAAAAAAAAAUCCAAACAGUCCCCCAAAUCCACAUAUGAAUGACCAGUUAUACGUUGCAAAUUGUUACCUAUAUAAAGUUAACACUUGCAUUUGAUCUGAUUAGGCUGACUGACUAGAACCACUCAGUGGUCAUUACCGCAGUCAUUUCCAUGUGCAAUGUGCAAUCAGCAGCACUGCGGGCAGAGCCGUAACCCGUGGAAACAUGGACUUGAAUGUCAUUACUAUAAAUUAUAUAAACUACAGUAGUUCUAGAUUGUCUAUUAUGCCAUUUGGUUAGCACUUUUUUCUUUAACAAAUGUCUUUUGUCUUAUUUUAAAGUACAUUGGGAUAUUAUGUAAAGAGAACUAUGGCCCUCAUUCCGAGUUGUUCGCUCGGUAUUUUUCAUCGCAUCGCAGUGAAAAUCCGCUUAGUACGCAUGCGCAAUGUUCGCACUGCGACUGCGCCAAGUAACUUUACUAUGAAGAAAGUAUUUUUAC